GGCUUCUAGCCCGGUGCCAACAUGGACGCCGCGCGCAACAGCAGCAUGCGGUCGCAGCCGCCCGCGAUGAGGACAACGGCGUGGUCCGCCGCGCCGUUCACGUCCGGGCACCUCGUCCGAGAGUGCAGGAAGCGCGGAAGACGGGCAGCACGAGCCUGGCGAACACGAAUCGCGUCGGCGUCCGGACACCGUCGCCACGUCCGGACACUCGUCCAGACGCAAUCGUCACGUCCGACCGCCGUCGUUCCCGUCCGGGCGCACGAAGGCCAGCGUGCGCGGCCCGGGUAUGUGCAGCGGCUGCCCAUACACCCUCGAGGCCGUCCAGUCAACGGACAACCUCCGAGCUUUGCUGGCGCACCCGGGAGGCAAGCGAGUCAUGCGCGCGGACGGCACGGAUUCCCGAACGACACGCAUGCGCGUCCAUUACACCCCACACGCGGUCCAGGCGAUGGCCAUGUCGACGAUCGAACCGCCCUCGAUACCCUGCAGCGAGUCCUGCCCACGACGCCGACGAGCUCGUGUCUGCGCAAGAGCAUGAGGACCGCUAUGGUCGCGAGAACCAACGGCGGGACGGUGACGAACCGCAGCCGUCCAGACGAUGGUUAAGCGGGCCGUCCGGGGUACUUGCCCAGCUCGGGUCUGCCUGCGGCAAGGGUGCAUGGGCGGACGAGUGGGUUGACGGGCGUGCGCGUCGCCUGCUACGUCGGGCGUUCCGGCGGUGGAGAGCGAGUAGGCGGGAAAGUGGGCGGGUUUCCUCGUCUGCUGCACGUCGUCCACAAGUGCGCAGGGCCAAAGCCCUGCGCGCAGACGCGGCCGACGAACGAGCGACAGGCGUAGGGACGAAGAGGAGGACGAGCGGGCGCACGAACGGACGGGCGGGCGGAAGGGCGAGCGGGUGAGUGAGCGGAUAAGCAGACCGGC